AUGGAGCAAUCAUCUAAGAUGGGAAGAGGGACUAAUAUCGAGUAUUUCACCUCAACCAAUGAGUUACUGGAACGAAUACUCGCGGUAGACUUCCAUAGAGAUCUACCAAAGGAGGUAUCAGGCACCCUAACAGAUGUACAGAAACGGAUACGAUGGCAUAGACCGUUGGAACAACUACCGACACAUAUUACAGAUGUAUUGACAUAUCACCGAAGCUUCUUCCCACUAUACAUGAUUGAAUGUCUACAAAUGUUGGCAAGUAACAAGUACAUGAACAUGGGAUAUCCCAUGAGAGUGUGGAAGGGAUCACAUCAUAUAUACAGUUGUUUUGUCGAUCUUACGUUACAUGGUACCACGGGGUUCCCAUUUAUACCCGGAGACCUGGUACUCCUAUACGUCGGAACACCUGGACAUGACUUGGUACCGCAGUCAGUUACCCCCGCAGUUCGUGAAACAAUACGAAUAGAUGAGUCGGAAGAGGAUAGACCCUCGGUAGCUGUACCUGAAGAUCACCCGAUCUAUGAAGAUACAUUGAAACAUGCAAUCGGUUACGUAGGAGCUGUAAGCAGACACCAAUGUGCGGUGGAACUGCUUGUUCGCCCUCCGAGUUUCGCUAAUAUGGAAACCUUUGAUAUAAGAAGUGUCGAACGAUUGGAAGCGAUACAACAACUUAUUGAUCAACCUCCACAUUCACGACCUGGGACUGUUGGAUUUGAAAGAAUAGAUAAUAGCGGAGAAGCAUGGUAUGUAGCUAAACUCUGCUCAUUUGCAACAUCGUUGAGGGAGUUUCGCGCACUAUGCUCGAUGUCUUCACUACCACUAGUGGACAAACUUCUUCAAGUAUAUGAAGAUCCAGUAACAGUACAAACUGAAGAGUCUGAUGAUAAACACAAAUACUUAGAUGGAAUUGAUAUACCAGUUAAACUAAGACUGAUCUUGGAAGCGUCAUAUAAUGCAGCACAAUUGAGGUCCAUUCGAAAUACUCUAAAAAGUGAUGGGAUUACACUCAUUCAAGGUCCACCUGGGACAGGAAAAACCACAACUAUUAUUGGACUUAUUAGUGCAAUAUUAGAACACGAUUCGUUCCCAGGAGACGAUAUUGAUACAGAUAAAAUCUGUGAUUCCGAUAUGGAUGAUUAUGUCGCACGAAAACCAUGGCUAAUAUCGUCGCAAUACUACGGAGAACCUAUGGACAUCACUUUCGAUGAACUAAACGAAACAGAUGUACAUAUGGAUGAUGGAGUAUAUAGAUACGAUUCCUAUGCAUGUAUGAAACCGAACCAGACAUCGUCGUCUCAAACAAUCACAGUGCCAACGAUGCGUGACAGUAAAAGACGUAUUCUCAUAUGUGCACCUUCUAAUGCAGCAAUAGAUGAAAUUGUACGCAGACUGGUAAGACCAGUAACUGGAGGCAUUUUUAAUGCACAAGGAGAACGAUACAACCCAUCGGUUACACGUAUAGGUCCGAAUUUCCAUGACGACCUUACAAUGUAUAGUCUAAAAAAUAAAGUUGACCGUUUGGGAGAAUUGAAAUACGGAUCAUUCUACAGCAGAUCAAAAGGUCAUUUAAGACAUCGGCUAAUUAGAGAAACUUUGGAUGAAAGCGAUAUCAUAUGUUCUACACUAUCGGCAUGCGGAUCAAAUGAACUCUUCGCACACCGUAAUAUGUUCGAUACGCUCAUUAUCGAUGAGGCUACCCAAGCUGUCGAACUCUCAACACUUAUCGCACUCAGUUUAGGAUGUAAGAGAGUCAUCCUGGUUGGAGACCCGUGCCAGCUUUCAGCUACCGUUUGCUCGAAUGUUGCCGUGUCGCUCAAAUAUGAUCGGUCUCUUUUCCAAAGGCUACAGAUGUGUGGGUAUCCUGUAAAUCUACUCAAUAUACAGUAUCGCAUGGACCCUAGUAUCAGCAGGUUCCCAUCCAUGUAUUUCUACAGGAACCAAUUGAAAGAUGCACCGAAUGUAUACCACCGCCAAAGAGAGGAUUGGAGGGAAUUCCCCCUAUUACGUCCAGCUGUAUUCUACGCUAUAGAUUCGUUACAGGCGAAAAAUGAAACCUCGUACAUGAAUGAGACGGAAGCGGAAUUAGUAUGCCAACUACUUGAACUCAUACUAGAGGUACUCUCUGCUGAGCCAGGGUUCCAGCUAUCGUCGUUAGAACAACGUAUAGCUGUGAUAACCACAUACUCUGCUCAGGUGGUGCUCUUGAAGGAAACUAUUGCACGCCGACACCCACAGCUAGUAGUACAAUCUCUGGAAAAGGAUGAUGGCAAGGUUCCAGGGCAGCAUGCGCCGAAACUGCUUAUUGAUGUUAGCUCUGUAGAUGGUUUCCAGGGUAUGGAAAAGGAAAUUGUGAUAUUCAGUGCUGUGCGUACAAGCUAUGUAGAUGGGCGCAGCGUAACCAAGAAGAGCUUGCAACAGGUAACACCAAGCAAUGUUCUCACGAUAGAUGGAGAGCCGCAUGAUCCUGAGAAGGCAGCAAAGUUUGCCCGUGUAGUUGAUGAUUAUUUGAAAGGGGUACGGAGUGGAGAUAUGGCCGCCGAUAUACGUGAUGUUGUCGAUGUCUCCUUUAUUGCAGAUAGACGUCGUAUCAACGUGGCAAUAACACGUGCGUGUCGUAACCUCUUCAUUGUCGGUAUGUAUUCUUUACGUAUCCAUUAUGUUUUUUCAGGCAACCCGCGGUUUUUACUCGGACAUAUGCAUUGGCAGUCGCUAUACCGACACUAUGCGCAAUGUGGUUCAAUUUUCCUAUGCAAAUUGGGCCGUAGCACUUUGAAGCGGGAUUAUUUGAAGUCAUGGGCACGGCAAUAUCUUUUCAAGGAUGAGGCAAGUCAACAGCUGUAUUAUCUCAUUUCUUUGCAGAAUGCACUAGCACGGUUCAGGGCAAACCCAUCACUGAGCGCAUUUGUGGAGAACCUGAUGUCCGCAAAUGUCGCUUUGUAG